AUGUGGUCUAGUGCUUCACAGUUGGUGAUUAAGUGUUCCAUAGACUCUUCUUCAUCACAGCUAGAUAUUCCUGUUUUGUGCACAGCUUUGGCUGUGUUAUAUAAUGGUGAAGCGCCCAAACACAAUAUUCAGCCUCUUAGUGGUGGGCUACAACACCAACAUACUCAGCAGCUACAACAACACACUCAGCAACAGCAACACCAACAAACUCUUCCGGGUUAUCACUACAGUGUCCCAACAUCAACAACGCCCCAAACUGCGUCUGCUACGUCACAGCACGCUUUUGCAGGCUAUCGCUAUAACACGCCCGCAUCACCCACCACAACAACGACGGAAAAACCUACAACUACUACUACAGUCAGACCGCCGGUGACAGCUGCAGCCACACAAGCGUCAACUGCCGGUUACUUUUACAGUCCGCCCGCUGCUGCAGGCCACUCCGACCACACCUUCUAUCCGCCAUACUAUCAGCAAACUCAUCAUGCGCCCGCUUUGGCGAUUAGUAGCGACACUAAUGUGCAACAACAACUGCCUUUGAGCGACGCGCCCACCUACUUUGUGCCACACGAUAACAGGGGUAAAGUGGAAGUACCGCAAGCGACACAUCCAGCGCAGCAAGCAGAAAAGGAGCUGCACAGAACAGAGGUGGCGUCACCCGCUUAUGACUACCCGCGUCCAGCGAGUGGCGCUGAAUUGGCUGCAGAGCCAUUGACUACUUACCAGCGCGUAUUCCACGAGUUUGCCGACUAUCUGAUAUGGCAAAGAGCGCAGGCAAAACAGCGUGAGCAGCAGCAGCAACUGUCUGGUAUUGCUACACAUGGAGUUCCAAAAUCCCAAGCGACCACGCUUCCGCACCUAACGCAAGGCUAUGUACCCAGCAUUGCACCUCAAUUCAACUAUCCUGCUGCUCAUAAGCAAUUUUCGUUCACAGCGUCUAGCAGCAAUGAUCCGCAACAAGCUGCAGCCGCCAGUUCUCCAACUAAAACUUAUCCGCAAAGUGCGGCAGUGCCGCCAAGAAACGUCUUCCCGCAAUACGCCGCGAAUUUCGUAGACCAAACUCAAGUGCAGGCACUCGCUCAAAGACGUCCGGCGGAAAGCAGCGCGUUGCUUGCCGGCGAGCGCUAUAUUCCGCCUUCGCCUAACAGUGCCGUGGAGUAUUUGGAAAUGCCUUCCGAGUCUUGGGAGUUGCCGUCUUAUACUGGCAUAGAGGCGGUGGCACCAAUGGCGGCGGUAUCAAACAGCGUGCUGGGUUUCGAUCUGGCUGCAGCACAGCCGGACACUGGAAGAGGCGAGCAGCCGAAGUCGCAAAUGUUUUACGAUGCUGCGGCGCAGCAAAACGCGCAGUAUCUUUACGAACGCGAAAAUCGGUUUGUACAAACUACACCUGGCAUAGCCAGUGGGGAAACGAAAGGCCCACAAGAAGAAAAAGUGGCGCAAGUACAACAACAGCACGCUGAGAGUGCCCAGAGGUAUUUGUCGGCUUUACAACAACAAAAUACCCCUACCGAUAUAUCGCAGUCGAAAUUAACUCAACCCAGCGCCGUGCAAUUUGCACAAAUCCCGCAAUGGCCUCAAAAUUUGGCAUUACAGGCGCAACAUCAUCAACAGAGGCUGGCACAACAACAGCUGGCAACGCAACAGCAGCAAGAACAACAACGGCCACUAUAUAACCGCGUUGUAGCGCCUUUGAUGCCCACAGCUCAGCUGCCAGUGAGUGUGAGCCAGCAUCCACUGACCUUAGCUGAUCAACAGCAAGAAAAUCAGCCGGCAAAACAACAAUUCUACUUGCAAGCGCAGCAGCAGCAAAUAGAGCCGCAAUCGGGGGCAGCAACGGCGCCAAGCCGCUACACUCAAAAUACCCAGCUGGCAGCGCAGCCUACUCAACCAUCUACAGCGGACUCGAGUUCCAACUCUGAUUCUCAUUCGCAUUUUCAUUUAGAUACGAACGUAUUCAGGCGACCACAUAGCAGCUAUGGCGUGCCGUCGGAAAAUUCUAACACGGGUGGUUAUAACUACCAACGGCCGGUGGGUCAGUGA